UCAUUUCAAAAAUAAAAUUACUUACACCAAAUCACAUUAAAUUAUAGUCAAAUGAUAAAUUGACGUUAGAAGUGUGUAUAAAUAAAACAUAUUAUGUAUUUAGUAUUCAUUAGUUUGGUAUAAAUAUAUAAUGUUAUGCGCUGGUUUGAAAGUUGCUUGCUUCCCUUGUAACAACUUUCUAUUACAGUUCCGUGCACUCUUUAUAGUUCCGUGCACUCGUUAUAUAUGUAUAGCAGAUGAGGAUGCUACUUUAUUGUAAUUCUCGUUGUUGACUUUCUUCAAAUUCUUGGAUGAGUAUUUCCUCCCCUUUAAGCAUGGCCUUCUCUUCUUGUUUUUGCCACUUUUUGAUCUCACACAAGCUGCAGAGGAACAAUGCUGCAUCUUUUGCUCUUGGACCAGUGAACUCUGAUCUUUCACGUCAAGAAGUUAAGGAAUUAGGAAGCAAACUAAGCACUGGUUGGAGUUUUCUGGGAGGAUCAAGAAUCGUUAUUCGUCCAAAUCUUACAAGAAAUCUUCUGCAAAGAAAGAGCUCAAUGGUGUCUGCCUCAUGGUUGGAAAGUUCUCAAAUUGCUACUAGUGUAUUCCCAUUGGGAACAUUAGCAGUUCUUCCCUUUUAUUUCUUCAUGAUUGUGGCACCUAAAGCUGCACUUACCCAAAAAAUGAUGGAGAGCAGCAUACCUUAUAUUGUGCUUGGACUUCUUUAUGUAUAUCUCUUGUACCUCUCAUGGACACCAGAUACAAUGCAACUAUUAUUUCCUAAUAAAUAUUGGCUUCCAGAGCUGUGUGGUAUUGCUGAGAUGUUCUCCAGGGUGAUGACUUUAGCUUCUGCAUGGAUUCACCUCUUGGCUGUUGAUCUUUUUGCUGCUAGGCAGAUUUAUCAUGAUGGAUUGCAGAAUGAUAUUGAAACUCGCCAUUCUGUGUCAUUAUGCUUGCUGUCUUGCCCUAUUGGACUUGUUUCACAUUUCAUCACCAAAGCUCUAUUCAGUAGACGUGACAUAUAAUUUUAUUAACUCAGGAUUGCAAUUUGACUUUGUUCAGCAAACUAUCAGCAGUUUAAAUAGGUUUUCAUUUAAUGAAAGGUGACUUUCUAAGUUUGUAUUGAUGUGAUGUAACAUUAAGGCAUAUUUAGUACCAAUUUUUACAAUUAUUCAUUCAUCAAA